CCGUAGGCAGUCGUUGACAGGUGACUUGGAAGACAUAGCGUCGAGAAAACAGACGUCUGCAAACAACUUACCGGGGACAGUCGAAGAAUAAAAUUAAUUUAAGUUUUAUUUUGUGUUGUGAAUUGUGAAAACUAUGAAGUUCGACAGUGUGUUUGAGUACAUUGGGGAGUUUGGAACCUACCAGAAGCGGAUCUAUUUCCUAGUGUGUCUGCCCGCCAUCUCCACCGCUAUACAGAUGUUGAUGGCAGUUUUCAUCCUCAAUAUUCCAGACCAUAGAUGUGGUAUUCCUGGAGUUAAGAACGACACGUUCGCGAGCCAGGGUCCGGUCCACGACUCCCUCCUCAACUACACCAUCCCGUGGAUGAAGGACGGCAACGGGGAUCCGAUCCGCGCUUCCUGUGAGCGAUAUUCAGAAAACCUCACGAGCACUUCGUCCAAAUCUGUGGUCUGGAACUCGAGUCGGACCGGGUGUACGUACUGGGUAUACGACAAAUCCGUGUUUAAAGAGACGUUCGUAACAGAGCUAAACUUGGUAUGUAACCAGAAGGAACUGCGGUCUCACGCCAACAUGGUUCUGAUGGGCGGUAUUUUGUUUGGCGCUCUCGGUCUCGGUCUACUUUCUGACGCAGUUGGUCGGAAGGUCGCCUUCAUGAUGUCUGUCGUCGUGCACGCUGGCGUCUGUAUCGGGACGUCGUUCGUCACCAACUUCUACGUCUUCGUGGCUCUGAGGUUUUUCGUUGGCGCUUCGAACGCCGGCCUCUUCAUGGGAGCUUUUGUCAUAGGAAUGGAGCUUGUCGGACCAUCCAAACGAACGUUCGCCGGAAUCGUCAUAGAAAUAUUUUGGUGUCUUGGUCUGUUUAUUCUUGGAGGCGUGGCUUACGCUCUUCGUGAUUGGCACCAUCUCCAGCUGGCAUGCUCAGUGCCAACCGUCCUGUUCUUCUCGUAUUACUGGCUGAUUCCCGAAUCGCCAAGAUGGCUGCUCUCGAAAGGGCGUUACGCCGAAGCAGAAGCCAUCAUUCAGAAAGCAGCUCAAGUGAACGGAGUAAAACUGCCAGACAAACUGUUUGACAAAGACACUUUGGAUGAAAAUAAGUCAGAAGCCAAAAUAUGGGAAAUGUUCACCUCUCCCAAAUUACUCAUCCGAAGUUUAAUAAUAUUUAUAAACUGGUUGGUCGUCAGCAUGGUUUACUACGGCCUGGGUCUGAACGUCGGCAACCUCGGCGGCGACGUGUUUCUCAACUUCACAAUCGCCAACAUCGUCGAGCUGGUCUCCUAUUUCCUGUGUAUUGCACUGCUCGACCGUGUCGGCCGGAAGUUGCUGCAUUGUGGAAGCAUGUUGCUAGGCGGUGUCGCGUGCCUUGCUACCCUGUUUCCUGUAAUAUAUGGCACUUCCGGUCACGAGUGGAUCACGAUCACUCUGUCCAUGAUCGGCAAACUCGGGGCAUCAGCUGCAUUCGCCAUUAUUUAUGUAUUUGCUGCGGAACUGUUCCCAACAGUUGUAAGGAAUUCUGGGAUGGGUGCCAGUUCUUUCUGUGCUCGAAUCGGCGGGAUGGCGUCACCGUACAUAGCGGAUUUAGGAACUCUGGUUGACGGUGAAUUCAGUAAAGCUCUGCCUUUAAUAGUGUUUGGUGGAUCCGCCAUCUUCGCGGGUAUCCUGUCUCUAUGGCUACCAGAAACACUGGACAGAGUUCUACCCGAAACCAUAGACGACGCCAAGAACUUCGGAAAACGGAAUACAGGACGCUCGUACGAAAUGAACAUUAACACCCCUAGUGAGGAGACAGACGGCAAAUGGAACCCGUGUUUUGACGAGCGGUUGUAGAUGUUAGCUUACCACAUGACUUAACACAGCUCGAGGCGUUUCGUAAUUAAUGCAGUCAGUGUAUCAGUUAAUCAGAUGUUUGUUGUUAUUUCAGCCAAUCUGGUGCCGUCUGUACAGAUACUGCAUGGGAGUCGGGUUUAAUGAGGGCCAUAGUGUCGUAGAAAAACAGGAAAAGGGGCCAUUUUUAGUUUAAAACAGCCCUUUUUGUGUAACGGGAGAAGCCACCACAAUAACACCACCAUGCUUUGAUAGUCUUAUCACUGCCCCUAGUUGUGUUAAACUUAAAAUCGAAUUUAAAAUCGACGAAAUACAGUGAACAUCGUUAUAUCGAUGUUGAAGAGACUAAACCAAAUAAUUCGAGAUAACGAUAUUGUCGAGAUAAACGUAACAAUCAGUGAAAAUUCUGCCAUGGUAGAAUUUCUCGACCUCAAGAUAACAUGAAGUGACGAGUUAACAGAGGUCGAGAUAGCGACGUUUGAUAGUAUUUUAAUUACAGUUGUUUUGUAAAUAUUUCUUUCUUAGCAUCAUAACAAGCAGAUAUAAUUUUACUACUGCGGCCAGUGGUGUGGAUUUGCUGUAUAUACAUUAUUGUGCAUACCCAUGUUGUUUAUUGUUUGUUCAUGUUAACUCGAUACAGCGUUCGCUUGGGGGGCUUGGGUUGUACGAUCGAACCCCUUCAGUGGACCGAUUCUCGUAUUAGCUUUUCCCCCCAUCCCAGCUUGUCUCUACGACUGGUAUAUCAAAGGCCGUGAUAUGUGCUGUCCUCUUUGUAGGAAAGUGCAUAAUAAAGGUCCCAUGCUACUAAUGGAAAUAUGUAACGGGUUUUCUCUGAGACUACAGGACUAAAUUGCCAAAUGUCCGAUGAUUAAUAAAUCAAUGUGCUAUAGCGGUGUCGUUAAACAAAACAAACUUUUAAGUGAAUAGUAAACACAUAGUGGAGAUUGCGAGGACUCAGUGAAGUGGAAUCGAUCCAGUGUCCUCCUGUAUGACAACAUGGAGGUUUGUCAUUGUUAUUAUUCACGUCACCUCGCAGUAAAGUUAUCACAACAUCAUCUGUAAGCUGUUAUAACCCAGUACACACUGUCAGUGAAACGUAUUUAGGGUGUAUCAAUAUUUAUACAGCGUUUUCUUCUAUCAAGAGUUUGGAUCUAGCCCAGAUGGUAGAGCGCUCGUCUGGGGUUCUUGGCUAGAAAUAUCGAAGCCCCUCGGUCGACCUACUUACUGAUUGUUUUCCCCGUCCCAACUAGUACCCCACGACUGAUAUAUCAAAAACCGUGACAUGUGCCUUCCUGUCUGUGCAAAAGUGCAUAUAAUGCUAGUAUCAGACUACCAACUGCUACGACGAAGUUGGCCAAAUCGCCGAUCUUUCGACUUCUACGACUGUCCAGUUGCUAGUCUGAGCGCACUUACAACUCGAUUGUCGUCAUAUACAAGUUCUACGACUGUCCAGAUACUAGUCUGAGCACACGUACAACUCGAUUGUCGUCAUAUACAAGUUCUACGACUGUCCAGUUGCUAGUCUGAGCACACUUACAACUCGAUUGUCGUCAUAUACAAGUUCUACGACUGUCCAGAUGCUAGUCUGAGCACACGUACAACUCGAUUGUCGUCAUAUACAAGUUCUACGACUGUCCAGAUGCUAGUCUGAGCACACGUACAACUCGAUUGUCGUCAUAUACAAGUUCUACGACUGUCCAGUUGCUAGUCUGAGCACACGUACAACUCGAUUGUCGUCAUAUACAAGUUCUACGACUGUCCAGUUGCUAGUCUGAGCACACGUACAACUCGAUUGUCGUCAUAUACAAGUUCUACGACUGUCCAGAUGCUAGUCUGAGCACACGUACAACUCGAUUGUCGUCAUAUACAAGUUCUACGACUGUCCAGUUGCUAGUCUGAGCACACGUACAACUCGAUUGUCGUCAUAUACAAGUUCUACGACUGUCCAGAUGAUAGUCUGAGCACACGUACAACUCGAUUGUCGUCAUAUACAAGUUCUACGACUGUCCAGAUGAUAGUCUGAGCACACGUACAACUCGAUUGUCGUCAUAUACAAGUUCUACGACUGUCCAGUUGCUAGUCUGAGCGCACCCGUCUAAGUUGGGAGUGGGGAAAAUUACAACGCAACUGUCAUGGCAGUUGAUUGUCUGAGCGUAUCAUGAAAAAUCCUGUGUUGCUAAUGAAAAAAUGUAGCGGGUUUCCUUUGAGGACUUCGUGUCACAAUUACCAAAUGUUUGACAUCCAGCAGCUGAUGAUGGCUGUAAAGCCAUUGGACAUAAAACAUAAAUAUAAAAUAGACAAAUAAUUAAAAAUAAUAAUAAUAAAAUAUGUUAUAUAGCUUUAGAGAGACAGAAAUGUUUGGUCUAGCAGUACUAGCUGGCCCUAUUAGUAUUUGAAUUAUCUUUAUUAACCUAGGAUACGGUAAUCAAGUAUAAAGAAAUUACUUCAGUACUUGAGCAGGAAUUUGGAUUUCAAAAUCCUUAAACCGAAAGUAUAAUUUGAUAUUCAGUUUAAGCCAAUGAUCCCCACCCAGCCUGACUAACAGAUUAUUAAAUAUACUGACGAGGGACUGUUUGGCAUUCAUACAUAGGCAUCAAAAGAUACCAGUAACGGAGGAAGGGAAGGGUUGGGUUGGGUCAAAUCGUCAAUUAUACUUCAGUGUGUUUCUUGCUGUCCUAAUUAUAGAUUCUAAAAGUUCAUUUUUCUUCCUUUACUUCGGCUGGGAAGAGCAAAAAGUUAAAGUGUGUUUUGUUUAACGAUACCACUAGAACAUAUUAAUGCAUUAAUCAUUGGCUGUUGGAUGUCAAACAGUUGGUAAGUUUUUAUUUAUAGUCUUAGAGAGGAAGCCCGCUACAUU